GGGACAUAACUCGAACAGUAGCUUUUUGGAUGACUCAAUCCACUUAUAAUCAAAGUUGGUAGAGGCAAUCAGAAUGAGCUCCUCCUGAGCCACGGUGUGGUCUUGGGUGGUCCCGGAUUGGAGAGCACCGGAGGCAAAGUCCCUCUGCGACGCUCGUUCAAGUCAGAAAGCCAACGUCGAUGUUUGCUUUGCUCGCUAGCAAUUUUAGUUUCAUCUGACUACAGAACUUUCCUCCAGAAUGUCCAUGUGAUGUCAGAUGAAACAAAAAUUGAGCUGUUUGGCCACAAUACCCAGCAAUAUGUUUGGAAGAGAAAAGGCGAGGCCUUCAAUCCCAGGAACACCAUUCCCACCGUCAAGCAUGGUAGUGGUAGUAUUAGGCUCUGGGCCUGUUUUGCUACCAAUGGAACUAGUGCUUUAAAUGGGAAAAUGAAAAAGAAGGAUUACCUCCAAAUUCUUUAGGACAACCUAAAAUCAUCAGCCCGAAGGUUGGAUCUUGAGCGCAGUUGGGUGUUCCAACAGGACAAUGACCCCAAACACACGUCAAAAGUGGUAAAGGAAUGGCUAAAUCAGGCUAGAAUUAAGGUUUUAGAAUGUCCUUCCCAAAAUCCUGACUUAAAUGUGUGGACAAUGCUGAAGAAACAAGUCCAUGUCAGAAAACCAACACAUUUAGCUGAACUUCACUAAUUUUGUCAAGAGGAGUGGUCAGAAAUUCAGCCAGAAGCUUGCCAGAAGCUUGUGGAUGGCUACUAAGGCUGAAACGACGCGUCGACAUAGUCGACGUCAUCGGUUACGUAAAUACGUCGACGUCAUUUUUGUGCGUCGGCGCGUCGCAUAUUUACGUCACACAACUGUCAUGGCGGAGCGCAGAGCAAACGAUGCGAGCGAGGGGAAAAAACACGCCAAAAGUCGUCAAAAGUGUGGGAGUAUUUUAAUAAACGGCCUAAUAAUGUUGUUUUAUGCACACUGUGUCGAGCGGAAAUGGCGUAUCACAGCAGCACAACGGCUAUGAACGAGCAUCUAAAAAGAAAACAUCCGACAGCGUUCUUCCCAUCACCAUCAACGAGUCAAUCAUCCGCCAAACGACAAAGCAGUGUCCAGGAUUUUUUUCCAAAGAGGCAUGGGACUGAAUGCACACCCCAAGUGGCCGCUGACCUGACUGAUGGUGUCCUGGAAAUGAUGGUCAUAGACAUGAGGCCAUUAAAUAUGGUAGAAGACGGUUUCACUCUGGCUACACACUACCAUCAAGAACCCACUUCACUAAGCUUAUGGAGCAAAAAUACACAAAGAAAAUGAAUGAAGUCAAAGCAAUCCUGAAAAAUGUGAAAGGAAAACUGACACUCACAACUGAUGCAUGGACAAGUAUGGCCACUGAAGCUUACCUUGGUGUCACCAUUCACUUUGUUAAUGAUGAGUGGGAGCUUACCUCAAUUAACUUGACAACAAUACCCCUCAAUGAAAAGCACACUGCAGAAAACAUUGCCUCUUGGAUUGAGGAUGUUGUCAAUAAGUUUGAAAUAAACAUAAAACUAGUACAAGUCAUUGUACAUGACAAUGCUGCAAAUGUUGUUGCAGCUUUAAGAGUUCUUGAGGAAAGACAUGGUGUUUCAUCCCUCAGAUGUGUUGGCCAUACUCUACAGCUUGUAGUUAACCAUGCUCUAAAGGACAACCACAUCAGCAGAGCUUUAGGAGCAGCAAGAAGUUUGGUCGAGCACUUCAGAAAAAGUGAGCUAUCCAGUACAAAACUAAAGGUUAAGCAAAAACAAAUGGGUUCUCCAGACCACAGCCUCAUACAAGAUGUGUCUGUGAGAUGGAACAGUUCCUUUUGCAUGAUUAGUCGCCUGCUUGAGCAGAGGUGGCCAAUAACAGCAACUCUGUCAGAUCCGGAGGUCACUCAAAGAGGGAAGCAUUUUCUGGAUCUUAAGGCUGACCAGUGGAGCUUGCUUGAAGAACUUGAACAAGUUCUGAAACCUUUUGAAUGUGCGACUGUGUACCUGAGUGGAGAAUCUUAUGUAACAGUUUCCGCUGUCCCUCUGCUGGUCAAAGGGCUUCGGAAGGCUACACAAACUGCUUUUGAAAAUGCAUCAAUCAAGUGUUUCCAGGUCACUGCUGCACGUGAGAUAACAUCCAGGUGGGAAGCCGAGACCACAUUCAAAGAUGAUGGACCAAAUGUGUGCAUAUUAGCAGCUGCACUUGACCCACGAUUCAGGAAGCUGAAAUUCCUGACUGCAGAUGAGUGUUUAAAAGUUCAAUACAAGCUGCAUGCAAUAGUUCUGGAGGAGAAAAGAAGGGAAAAGGAGACACACGCUCAACAGGGCACAGCAAUGCAAGUGGAAAGACCAGAUGCUGACAGGCGGCCUGUAUCUUUACUAGACACACUUCUUGGCUCAGAUUCAGAUGAACUCAGCAACAAUGAGGAAGACAACAAUGACAGUAAUGAUGCUGAAAUGGUCAGAAACGAGUUAGUGUCUUAUUUUGGAGAAUCCCCCAUUUCCAAGGAUGAAAACCCAUUAAAAUGGUGGAAAGAACAUCAGGCAAGGUUUCCAAAUCUGGCAAUGCUGGCUCGGUCUUACCUCUCAGUUCCAGCCACAUCGACCCCUUCUGAGCGCCUAUUUUCAGCUGCUGGGAAUAUUGUAAACAAGAAAAGAACCAGCCUCACCCCAGAGCAUGUAGACAUGCUAACCUUUCUUCAUUACAACUGUUAGUCACUCACUGGAAUGAGUAGAAUUGGUUAUAGUGUACAGUGUUGGACUGGAUGUUUAUUUUGCACAUUUUAAAAGCAAUACUUAAUGUUUACAGUGCUCCAGAAUAUAUAGAUUGGCACAAAUGUUUACAGUGUUACAGAAUGUUUUGCCAUGUUUUCAAUGUUGACUGAGUAGCCAUACUUUUUUUUUGUAAAUAA